AGGUCUGCGCGCUGAUUGGCUGAAUUUACGGCUUGUGGAGUCCGGCAAAGUGUCUAACUGAAGAAGACUGUGGCGAAGAGGAAGUACUUCUUUAAAACAUGGAAAUCUAAGACGUUACACUCCAACUUUGUGCAGCGGAACCGAGGGACACGACCCAGGUCUCAGCAGGGCAGCACGGAGUCUCGUGACCUUUGACCUCAGCCUGCCAUGCCCACCCAACCCCCUGUGAGGGAGCCGGAGGAGGAGAUGGAGGCAGAAGGAGAGUCGCAACUCCCCGAGGCCAACGGAGAGGUGGAGGAGCCGAGGGAGAGCGAAGGAAAAGCGGGCGGGGGAGGCGGGGGAGGCGAGGAGACCAUGGAGGAAAGCACGGAGGAGAGGGAGAGUGACUUGGAAGAGAGUGAAGAGGAAGAAGAGGAGGAGGAGGAAGAGGAGGAGGAGAGUUCAGAGAUGGACGAUGAGGACUGUGAGCGGAGGAGAGGAGAAUGUCUGGAUGAGAUGCUGGAUCUGGAGAAACAGUUCCAAGAGCUAAAGGAGAAGUUGUUUCGGGAGCGGCUGAACCAAGUGAAAGUGAAGCUGGACGAGGUGCUGACGGGGAAGGCCGGAGAGUACAGGGAACCGCUGGCAGCGCUGCAGAACAGCAUGCAGAUACGAACACAAGUGGCCGGAGUGUACAAGGAGUUGUGUCUGCAGGUGAUCAAACACAAGCACGAAUGUGAAAUACAAGGUGCAAGGCAGCACCUGGAGAGUGAGCGGACGUUGCUGUUCGAUGCCAUGAAGACAGAGCUGCUGGAAAAGAUAAGGAGACUGGAGGAGGACAGGCAGAACAUAGACCUCACCUCAGAGUGGAGCGAUGAGUUGAAGGGCAAGAAGUGUAAAAGAAAGAACCUUCUGGGACGGUCGGAGAGAAAAAAGAAAGUAGCUCUGGUCUCAGGGCCUUUCAUCGUCUACAUGCUGAGGGACAUCGACAUCCUUGAAGACUGGACUGCCAUCAAGAAGGCGAAAGCAGCACUGUCGCCUCUAAAAAAGAAAGUUGAAAAGCGGUGAUAGUAGGACCUAUGACACCAGGGUCACUCACAUUCCCUCACAGCUUUACGCCACUAACAGUCCGGUUCUGUCUCCUGGACUGAAACCCAGCAUACCGUUGUUGUUGUUUUCCUGCACCCUGUACCUCUUUCAAGACCACCCCACUGCUUGUUUGUACCUAUUGCUAUUUAAAACAUGUUCUUAAUGAUAUGACAACCAUGUAUUUAUAGAAUGAUUUAUGAUGCUGAUUAAAUUUUUAAAGUUUUAUGACUCAA